GUGCGCUGCUCUUCCUGCGCGGAGCCAAUACGGCCGUGUUGAGGUUUCCAUCGGAAGCCCACGCCAAAGUGUGGGCAGCUGCUGUCGAGAUGGUCACAGCUGUACCUCUCCUCGAUGAACUUCUCUCGUCCAAAGAAGCUAGGAAGAAGCAUUUACAGAUAUUCAAGAUG